CUCUACUGUCAUUCUCUAAAAUACUUCGUCUAAUUUGGGCGUAGGAGAGAUACGGGUCUAUAACCUAGUACACAAUCAACAUUUUGCCACCUUGCGAAUUUCGGAAAAGCGCAUUUCUAAAGCCUACAUCUUUCUGCGGAUGAUGAGACAUUAAAAUAAGAUGUAAACGUCCUCAUCGAUUGGAACGAUGACUGUUGGUCAGUGUAAGAGGAAAAUACUGUGUGGGCGUCUGAUUAUGUUUUUAAAUUACUGUGGGCUGCAGUGAAUCACACUCAUUUUAUGGCAUCGGUGCGGCUUUGGGGAUACGCACAUUCCAGACUUGAAAACACCACAGCGCUGAUGUCCGCCCGACGGUUUUCCGGGGUGUCGGUCUUGGGUGGUGCUGUCCCUUCGGGAUUACGCACACCGGGGACAGGUGAACCCAACAGGGCGCUUUUCGAGGCCUGCAGAAACGGGGAUCUGGAGCGCGUGAGGAAGCUCGUCAACCCUGAAAAUGUCAACAGUAGGGACACAGCUGGGAGGAAAUCCACCCCGCUGCAUUUCGCCGCUGGUUUUGGCCGUAAGGACGUAGUGGCCUUCUUACUCCAAAACGGCGCCAACGUUCACGCCCGGGAUGAUGGCGGCCUGAUCUCGCUCCAUAACGCCUGCUCGUUCGGCCAUGCCGAGGUGGUCAACUUGCUGUUGCACCACGGAGCAGAGGCCAACGCCAGGGACAAGUGGAACUACACCCCCCUGCACGAGGCUGCCAUCAAGGGCAAGAUAGAUGUCUGCAUAGUUCUACUCCAGCAUGGGGCAGAAUCAACUAUCCGGAAUACUGAUGGGAGAACAGCCUUGGACCUGGCAGAACCCGCCACAAAAGCAGUUCUUAACGGUGAAUACAGAAAAGACGACCUUCUUGAGAGUGCAAGGAGUGGGAAUGAGGACAAGCUGAUUGCUCUGCUGACACCACUGAAUGUCAAUUGUCAUGCCAGCGAUGGACGCAAGUCCACACCCCUUCAUCUGGCAGCAGGCUACAACCGUGUGAAGUCAGUUCAGUUGCUGCUGCGGCAUGGAGCAGAUGUCCAGGCCAAAGACAAAGGUGAUCUGGUUCCACUGCACAACGCCUGCUCUUAUGGACACUAUGAAGUCACUGAGCUCCUGGUCAAGCACGGAGCAUGUGUGAACGCCAUGGACCUGUGGCAGUUCACACCUCUCCAUGAGGCUGCUUCCAAGAACAGGGUGGAGGUUUGCUCUCUGCUGCUUAGCUACGGAGCCGACCCCACCGUUCUCAACUGCCACAACAAGAGUGCCAUCGACCUGGCCCCCACCCCCCAGCUCAGAGAACGCCUGGCUUAUGAGUUCAGAGGUCAUGCCCUGCUGCAGGCUGCUCGUGAGGCAGAUGUGGCCCGUGUGAAGAAGCACUUGACCCAGGAGACGCUCAGCUUCAAACACCCCCUCACUCAUGAGACCGCACUGCACUGUGCGUCCUCCUCUCCCUCCCCCAAGAGGAAGCAGGUGUGUGACCUGCUGCUGAGGAGAGGCGCCGACGUCAACGACGAGACUAAAGACUUCCAGACGCCCCUGCACCUGGCCUUGGAGAAGAACCACGGCGACGUCGUGGAGAUGCUGGUGAGGCACGAGGCGAAGGUUAAUGCUGUAGAUAGCCAGGGCCUCCACAGGGCCGCCCUCUGUGGCCACCACCAGACCUGCCGCCUGCUGCUCAGCUCCAGGUGUGACCCCCUCCUCCCCUCCCUCCAGGGGUUCUCCCCCUCCCAGCUAGCCAAGGAGAGCAUCCAGGAGAUACUGCAAGAGGGGGUGCUGUCUGGGAACUUGGAUGUGGAUUGUCAGAUGCUGGAGGCCUCCAAGUCAGGAGAUCUGGAGACUGUCAAGAUGCUGUGUACUCUGCAGAAUGUGAACUGCAGGGACGUGGAGGGCCGUCAGUCCACGCCGCUGCACUUUGCUGCUGGGUACAACCGUGUGUCUGUGGUGGACUACCUGCUGCAGCACGGAGCUGACGUUCACGCCAAAGACAAAGGGGGUCUGGUGCCUCUCCACAAUGCCUGUUCCUACGGGCACUACGAGGUGGCUGAGCUGCUGGUGAUCCACGGUGCUGUGGUCAAUGUGGCAGACCUGUGGAAGUUCACUCCCCUCCACGAGGCUGCCACCAAGGGCAAAUACGAGAUCUGCAAACUGCUGCUGCAGCACGGAGCGGACCCCACCAAGAAGAACCAGGAUGGGAACACCCCCCUGGACCUGGUGAUGGAUGGGGAGGGGGACAUCCAGGACCUGCUGAGGGGCGACGCCGCCCUGCUGGAUGCCGCUAAGAAGGGCUGUCUGGCCCGUGUCCAGAAACUCUGCAGCCCCGACAACGUCAACUGUAGAGACACCCAGGGACGUCACUCCACGCCUCUCCACCUGGCAGCUGGCUACAACAAUCUGGAGGUAGCAGAGUAUCUGCUGCAGCAUGGAGCUGAGGUCAACUCCCAAGACAAGGGCGGCCUCAUCCCCCUCCACAACGCUGCCUCCUAUGGGCAUGUGGAUGUGGCUGCUUUGCUCAUCAAGUACGAAGCAUGUGUCAACGCCACAGACAAGUGGGCCUUCACGCCACUCCACGAGGCCGCCCAGAAAGGCCGGACCCAACUCUGCGCUUUCCUAUUGGCCCACGGGGCUGACCCCUCCCUUCGAAACCAGGAAGGCCAAUCACCGCUGGACCUCAUCACGGCGGAUGACGUGCGUGCCUUACUGACUGCCGCCAUGCCUCCGUCCACCCUGCCUGGCUGCUACAAGCCCCAGAUCACCCGCACGGCAGCUCCACCCACAGCCGAUGUGCCACCCGGCCUGUCCUCCAGCCCCAACCCCAUCCCCUCCACCUCGUCCGCCAGCCUCGGGGAUACUUUGACCCCAGGCUCUGUGGCCUUCCCGGAGCUCUCAGCCCUGCUGGGAGCGGAGGGGGUCGUGGGCUCGGACAAGAAGUAUAAGGUUUCAGGCCUGGAGUUGUGCAUCACCCAGUUCCUCAGCAACCUGGGCUUGGACCACCUGCUGGAGACCUUCCACAAAGAGCAGAUAACCCUGGACGUGCUUAUUGAGAUGGGCCACAAGGAGCUGAAGGAGAUUGGCAUCAACGCCUAUGGCCACAGGCACAAGAUCAUUAAAGGAGUGGAGAGGCUCAUCAGCGGUCCUCAGAGUUUGAACCCAUACCUGACCUUGAACACAGCCAACAGUGGGACCAUCCUUAUCGACCUAGCGACGGACGACAAGGAAUUUCAGUCCGUGGAGGAGGAGAUGCAGAGUACAGUGAGGGAACACAGGGAUGGGGGCCAUGCAGGAGGGGUCUUCAGCAGAUACAACAUUGUCAAGAUCCAGAAGGUGUGUAACAAGAAGCUAUGGGAGAGGUACACCCACCGGCGCAGGGAGGUGUCGGAGGAGAACCACAACCACUCCAACGAGCGCAUGCUGUUCCACGGUUCGCCAUUCGUUAACGCCAUCAUCCACAAGGGCUUUGACGAGAGGCACGCGUACAUCGGAGGCAUGUUCGGGGCGGGGAUCUACUUUGCGGAGAACUCGUCCAAGAGUAACCAGUACGUGUACGGGAUAGGAGGCGGGACGGGGUGUCCGCUGCACAAGGACCGAUCCUGCCACAUCUGCCAGAGGCACCUAUUGUUCUGCAGGGUGACUCUUGGGAAGUCCUUCCUUCAGUUCAGCGCCAUGAAGAUGGCCCACUCCCCCCCUGGACACCACUCGGUCACGGGGAGACCCAGCGUCAAUGGCCUGGCCCUCGCAGAGUACGUCAUCUACAGGGGAGAGCAGGCUUACCCAGAGUACCUGAUCACCUACCAGAUCAUGCAACCAGACUCCUCUACAGAUGGGUGAGGCGGGAGAGAGGAGGAGACCAACAUUACCAGAGAACCACUGUACAGAAGAAGAAGAAGAAGAAGCUGUUGAGUUGUUACCACGCCUGCCGGCUUGGAAGAUCCCUUUGUUUGCUUUUGAGAUCAUUACUCAUGAUGAGCAUUUGCUGGAGUCUGCCUGGACAGCCAGAAGGUUUGUGGGAUUUUUCUAUUGGUUCAGCUGAGUCAGUCAAACUCAGUCAAGCACAGAUCAAUAUGAAGAGAUUGCAAAGACUGAUUGAGGUAAGUCUGGUUAUCAGUAAUGAGCCUCUGCAUUGGCUAACAGGCAUUCUGUACUAUUACCUGCAUGCAAACAUAACAUAUUUAAACAGUGCAUACUGUCAAAUGUUUGUAUGAUUUGUAAAUGUUUGUUUGUUUUAUUCAUGUAAGCACUUUAUUAAUUAAUAGUGUGGAGUUGUGUCAUGGUGUGAAUGUUUAUUUAGUCUUUUAUUUAAUAUAAUUUUUACAAUGUACAAUUGUAGCAUCUCUAUUCAGGGGUCUGUUAACAAUCUAACACACUGUAAUACUACUUUCCCAAACUGUGUUCUUUAUGUGGUACCGCACAGUACAGUAUAUUUUUUAGUCUACAUAAUUAAAUGUAUACAUCUUUUUAUUUUAUUUUUUCAAGCAUAGUAAUUUAUUGUUUUUUUUGGUCUGGACUGGACUAUGGCUGUACGUAGAUAAGGUCCAAUACAGCUCAAUCUCUCUAUGCACUAGGCCUGAGAGUCCAGAUAUAUGGUAGGUUACACUAUAUCAACAUGGUUUCAUUUAAUAUACAUGCCGAAAGACUAUAAUGUGGGCAGAAUGAAGAGACAACUAUUUAGUUUUGACGGCACCAUUUAUAUAAAAUGUAAAGCUGUACAUUGGCAUUGCAUCAUGUCAUGUUCUCUGAAAUGCCUGUUCUUCCUGCAUGGUAUACUGUGUGGUUAUUGUGUCAUAUUUAAGAGGUGUCUGCUUCUAUUGCAGCUUGGAUGUACAGUACAACUUCAUCAUGGAUGGCAGAACUGUGGGUGGAGGUAAUCUAUCCCACGCCAUCAGCCACAUAGAAAAUAAACAACAAUCUUUGUGAAUUAUC